AUGCUGGUGAAAAAGAUUGAAUCCUUCAACUUGAAAUUUGUAGGAAUCAAGAUCCCUGAGAUAUCAGAGUUGGAGCUAACUGAGCUAUGCAAAGAGUCUACUGAAGUGCUUCCACGAGAUGUAUUUCUGUCUUUCAUAUUGAACCUAUCAUAUUUGACACUGAAUAAAGGCACCAUUGGGAGGAUUUCAAUUGAAACAGUCCAUAGAUUGAUUACCAAGAGCAGAGUAAAUGAAGAAGAGAUUGUUAAAUGGUUGAUUGAGAACUUGCAACCGCUUCUGCUACGGACAGAAGAUCGCAGAAGGGAUACUGUUAAAUCAGGACUUAGACCUAGUGUAGGAAUGUCCUUAAAAGACGACGAAGCAAGACGGAUUUGGAAGGAGCGUGGUGGAAUAAGGAGCAUACCACUGUUUUACGUGGUCCUGUUACAUCUGCAACAUCGGAAUGUGUCGUCAAACCUCUGGUGGAUAACACCUGGCAUUCUCAACCUUUUGGAUGACACUACAGAUUUAGCCGGAAUAAAACUUCGAGGAGUGCUUCUUUUGAGAACUUUCCUCAGUAAUGCCUUCAAGGACCAAACACAUUGGAUAUCCUUCAAAGAAACAGGAUUAUUCAAGCUGUAUGAACCUAUACUUCUUAACAUGUGCUAUUACCUUCCACCGUCAUACUCUUCCGAUGAAUCUCUUAAAGUAUGGAGAGAGGUGUUCCCUACAUUAAACUCCUUAUACACCACUCAGUUCAAAAACAGGGAGAUCAUUUGUCGAAAAUACCAAGGAAAGUUUCUAUCUGAGUUUUUAUUGCAACAAGCCAUACCAAGAAUAAAUCUUACUAGCGAAACUUUGGCAAUCUAUACACUGGAUUCCCUGAUAAGCCUGAUGAAAAUCCUAGACACAUCCACUCUUUACCACAUGUCUCGCAUAAUAUACACAUUGGGUGAGUAUCUUCUGAGAAAUCCAUUUUUCACUGCAUUUGAGGGUCUGCUAAGGAAGACACUGGAUACGCUGGAAGUUCUUGUGGCUGUGUGCCCACCAGAAAGGCUCAGUGCUCAUAAGUUUGACCUCCUGGCGUUGAUACUCAUAGGAUUCGACAAGUGCAAGCAAGAGGGGAAACUAACUGACGAACUCAUGAAUAACUUCAGGCGGCUGCUGCAGUCUUUGGAGGCUAAGGGCUGUGAUUACUCUGGUGAUAAGGAGGAGGUGCUUAAGUACAAAAAUGUAGAAGAAUUAUUUUGCUAG